AAAUGCAAACACAAGCACGAGUUCGACAUGGUGAACAUAAAUGUUGAUUGUGUACAUUAAGACAGAAUAACAACGUAAAAUAGCAGACCAUGACAUCGAAUAAAGAAAGAAUUCGCCUUUCCUGUGAUACAAUAUUCAGUUUGGGUGAGUUUUAUAUCAGCGUGUAGCCUUUUGGGGUGAGAAAAAGGCCAUCCGCCGAAGCCAUGGAAGUUUUUAGGGUAUCUGCAGGUGAAGUGGACGUGUGAAAUAGAGCCUGAGGUAAUUCCAUAUGCAGUAUCCGUCACUGAGUCUCCGUGUGCUGUACCAGUGACCAGCCUUCCAAUCAUUGAUGCCCGCGUUCCUGACAAUCUCCCAGAGUCCUAUGCAGUGUGCAUCAAACCAAUGCAUCGUGGGUAUAACAGGACUAGGCAGUUGGUGGAAUUCAUUGAACUUAGUCGUAUGUUUGGAGCAACACAUUUCACUUUGUAUGACUAUUUAGGGAACCUCACUGUUUUAAACCCUGUAAUCAGGGAGUAUGAGAAACAGGGCUUGUUGGAACUGGUGAAUUGGAAGUUAGCAGGGAUGGUAACUGACCAUGUAUUAAAUCCAGAGGAGGAACGUUUUGUGAAGGGUUUUGAAGACCAGUGUACUCAGGUUCUGGCCCAUACAGAAUGUCUAUAUCGCAAUCUGCACAAAUAUAAAUACAUUGCGUUCUACGACCUGGAUGAGAUGUUGGUUCCAGGGUACAACCGAACUUGGCCCGAGUUGGUGAAACUCAUCCCUAAAAAUUACAGCUCUUUCAUUUUUCACAACCGUUUUUUCCCGUUGAGAAACCGGGUGAAAGAAGAAUUGGGAAAGUACAAUGACCCUCUCCUCAUUAAGUAUCACCCCGUUUCCUUGGAGUACACGUUGGCAGAGAGCGAAAUUGUAUUCACACGCCCAAAAGUGAUGGUUCUAGGCAAAGGGGUGUCAAAAUGUCGUGUACAUCAUGUGGUGCAUCUUAGUGGCUCUCACCCUUUUGAUAUCCCUGUACAUCUGGGCACUAUGUGGCAUUAUAGGAGUCGCCCUCCAAAAGAUUCCAAAAAGCCAGCUGAGAGGGACUAUUACAUGUAUAAAUUUAAAGACGAACUGUUGGCAAGAAUGGACAGAAUCUUUCAAAAGACCAGGGCUCUUAUUGUGUAGUGGUUUUGAAAGGUUUUUGUUCAUUUCAGAGGGAAUUAGCAACAUUGGGCACUUUUUUUCAAAUUGAUGGGUUUUAUCAUUUUUAUCACAUCUGAAAUGGGAAAGAUAUAUAGGAUACCUUUACAUAUCUAAUAUGUAUUUAUAUAUGAAUAUAACACUACUUGCCUCUAACU